AUGCUCGUUCAUACUGCUUCUAUUGUCACAAAACCAUUUGGACUUUAUGAAGACAAUAAUAUUGAUGAACUAAAUAAUGAGACUGAAGAUCAGAACGAAGAUGAAAUAAAUAUUAUACAUGAAACAUCUUCACGUAUUGAAUCAGUUAGUUACAUUGAAACCCUGGAUAUUGGCAAACUAAUUAGUCAAUCUGCUAGAGGCAGAGUAAUUAUUGAUGGAUAUAAAGAAUUAAAACAUUUUCUAAAUGGAGAUAAAGAUAGAAGAUUUAUUUCAAAACUUGUAGCACAAGCAGCAUUAGGUGUUGAUGAAAAUCUAGGAGUAACUGAUAUCAACACUAUGGCAUUACGAAUUUGUAAAUAUUUCCAUUUAGAAAAGGUAGAUUGUUAUUUUCAAAAAAACAAAAAUAAUUACCGAGGUAUGUUAUUCCACAUUUGUAAAAAUGAAAAAAAAUUAAUAUCAAAUACAAAAAAAGCAAUAGCUGCUGAUAAACCUCUGGCUACUGAAAAUGAUGUCGAUUUAAGUAUAAGUCGUGCAAAAGAUUUUUUAGAUAGCAGUCCUUGUGAUGAUCUUCAAUGGAAAAAAAUAAAGCGCGCAUGGAAAAAAACAAGUCAAUUAAGAAAAAUUGAUUUAAAAAAAAUUGUUGAACGUGCAAAAAAAUUAAGGAACAACUCGUACCAACUGAAGAAUUCUUUAAAAAUUGGCCAAUCUUAAGUUGUGCAAAUGGGCACAAAUUAAUUUAUAUAGACUUCAAAUUAUUUUUUCCUGAAGCAAAUAUAAUAACGGAAGAAAAAUAAAAUG